UUCUGUGAGGUGGCUCCUACAGUGGCAAAGAACAUCAGGAAAGCUGAGAAUAAUUUUCCACAAUACAGUGAGCUUCAUGUGAGUUCUCGCUGUUCACAGAGACUGAAUGGUGCAGGAUGACAAGCGCUGAAGGCCAUUACCUUUUCCAGAGUCAAUUUCCUGCACUAAAGACAGAUCUUAAGCUCCCUGAAGGCAAGAAACCUGUCUUCAAGUUGCGCUCUGCACCCGGAAAGCAGGAAAUCUCGGGGCUCGGCUCUAUGGAGAAGAGCUUCUCGGGUCAAGCUGCCUCUCCAUCCCCGGCAUCCAGCGGAGCUGGCAUCCGAAUACAUUUCCUCCUGCUCUGCAAAGAGUCAUAGUGAACUUCCCAAGCCGGGAGACUGAUCCAUCUAUCCUGCUUUGCAGGAAAGGAAACCUCUCAAACCCUCGACACCCGCCACCCCUCUCCGGAGACUGUCACCGCGGAGGUGUUCGGAACCGGAAGGGGACGCUUUGGGAAUGACCAUGCUCCACGGAGGGACAGAGCCUGCCCCCAGCUUCUCCACACAGAGACUCCUCCACUAAAGCUCCAAAAAAUUAAAAAGAAAAGAAAAAAGAAAAAAAGAACCCAGCCCGUAAUUGCCGGAGACUCCUUAAAUCUAUAUAUUCGGGCUACUAACCUCACAUGCCCAUGGAAUAAUGACUCUGGAUUCUGCAUUGUGAGCCGCUCGCUCUCCACACCCCGAGAUUCCCUUUUACAUUACAUUUCUUUUUCUUUGAAUUUGCAUCUCUUCAAGACACAAGAUUAAAACCAAAUUCACACUGCACUGGAUUUUAGAUUUUCUUCCGUCCCUUCCUCCUCCGUCGUUCUUGUGUGGAUAUGCAAUCGAGAAGAGGACCCUGGAGAUGCCCAACAUGCGUGCUCCCUUAACCUGGCCGCCUAGAGGUCUGGCUUCUACAAACCAAGAGCGUCGACGAGCUGAAGAUGAAGCCCAGCGUAGAAUGCUGUUCCCCCAAGUUCUGGUUGGUGUUGGCCGUCUUGGCCGUAUCAGGCAGCAAAGCUCGUUCCCAAAAGAGCGCCCCCAGCAUCGGCAUCGCUGUCAUCCUCGUGGGCACUUCAGACGAAGUGGCCAUAAAAGACGCCCACGAGAAAGAUGACUUCCAUCACCUCUCGGUAGUUCCCAGGGUGGAGCUGGUAGCCAUGAACGAAACUGACCCAAAGAGCAUCAUCACCCGUAUCUGUGAUCUUAUGUCUGACCGGAAGAUCCAGGGGGUGGUGUUCGCGGAUGACACUGACCAGGAAGCCAUCGCCCAGAUCCUCGACUUCAUUUCUGCUCAGACUCUCACCCCCAUCCUGGGCAUCCAUGGGGGCUCAUCUAUGAUAAUGGCGGAUAAGGAUGAGUCCUCCAUGUUCUUCCAGUUUGGUCCAUCCAUUGAACAGCAAGCUUCUGUCAUGCUCAACAUCAUGGAAGAAUACGACUGGUACAUCUUCUCCAUUGUCACCACCUACUUCCCCGGCUACCAGGACUUUGUGAACAAGAUCCGCAGCACUAUCGAGAAUAGCUUCGUGGGCUGGGAGCUUGAGGAAGUCCUCCUGCUAGACAUGUCUCUAGAUGACGGCGACUCUAAGAUUCAGAAUCAGCUGAAGAAGCUCCAAAGCCCCAUCAUUCUCCUCUAUUGCACAAAGGAGGAAGCCACCUACAUCUUCGAAGUGGCUAACUCAGUUGGGCUCACUGGCUACGGUUACACAUGGAUUGUGCCCAGUCUGGUGGCAGGGGAUACGGACACGGUGCCUUCAGAGUUUCCCACGGGGCUUAUCUCUGUGUCAUAUGAUGAAUGGGACUAUGGCCUUCCUGCCAGAGUGAGAGAUGGGAUUGCCAUCAUCACCACUGCUGCCUCGGACAUGCUGUCCGAACACAGUUUCAUCCCUGAGCCCAAGAGUAGUUGCUACAACACCCAUGAGAAGAGGAUCUACCAGUCUAAUAUGCUGAAUAGGUACCUGAUCAAUGUGACUUUUGAAGGGAGAAACCUGUCCUUCAGUGAAGAUGGCUACCAGAUGCACCCGAAGCUGGUGAUAAUCCUCCUGAACAAGGAGAGGAAGUGGGAGAGGGUGGGGAAAUGGAAAGACAAGUCCCUGCAGAUGAAAUAUUAUGUGUGGCCUCGAAUGUGUCCUGAGACUGAAGAGCAGGAGGAUGACCAUCUGAGCAUCGUCACCUUGGAGGAGGCACCGUUUGUCAUCGUGGAAAGUGUGGACCCUCUCAGUGGAACCUGCAUGCGGAAUACUGUCCCCUGCCAGAAGCGCAUCAUCUCUGAGAAUAAAACAGAUGAGGAACCAGGCUACAUCAAAAAAUGCUGCAAGGGGUUCUGUAUUGAUAUCCUUAAGAAAAUUUCUAAGUCUGUGAAGUUCACCUAUGACCUUUACCUGGUGACCAAUGGCAAGCAUGGAAAGAAAAUCAAUGGGACCUGGAACGGCAUGAUUGGUGAGGUGGUCAUGAAGAGGGCCUACAUGGCAGUGGGAUCACUAACUAUCAAUGAAGAGCGGUCAGAGGUGGUUGACUUCUCUGUGCCCUUCAUAGAGACUGGCAUCAGUGUCAUGGUAUCACGCAGCAAUGGGACUGUGUCACCUUCUGCCUUCUUAGAGCCAUUCAGUGCUGAUGUGUGGGUGAUGAUGUUUGUGAUGCUGCUCAUUGUCUCUGCUGUGGCUGUCUUUGUCUUUGAAUACUUCAGCCCCGUGGGUUACAACAGGUGCCUAGCUGAUGGCAGAGAGCCAGGCGGCCCAUCUUUCACCAUCGGAAAAGCAAUUUGGUUACUCUGGGGUCUGGUGUUUAAUAACUCCGUACCUGUGCAGAACCCAAAGGGGACCACUUCCAAGAUCAUGGUGUCAGUGUGGGCCUUCUUUGCUGUCAUCUUCCUGGCCAGCUACACUGCCAACUUAGCAGCCUUCAUGAUCCAAGAGGAGUAUGUGGACCAGGUUUCUGGCCUGAGUGACAAGAAGUUCCAGAGACCUAAUGACUUCUCACCCCCUUUCCGCUUUGGGACUGUGCCCAAUGGCAGCACAGAGAGGAAUAUCCGUAAUAACUAUGCAGAAAUGCAUGCCUACAUGGGAAAGUUCAACCAAAGGGGUGUAGAUGAUGCCUUGCUCUCCCUGAAAACAGGGAAGCUUGAUGCAUUCAUCUACGAUGCAGCUGUGCUCAACUACAUGGCCGGAAGAGAUGAAGGCUGCAAGCUGGUGACCAUUGGCAGUGGCAAGGUCUUUGCUUCUACAGGCUACGGCAUUGCUAUCCAAAAAGACUCUGGGUGGAAGCGCCAGGUGGACCUUGCUAUCCUACAGCUCUUUGGAGAUGGGGAGAUGGAAGAACUGGAAGCUCUCUGGCUCACUGGCAUUUGCCACAAUGAGAAGAAUGAGGUUAUGAGCAGCCAGCUGGACAUUGACAACAUGGCGGGUGUCUUCUAUAUGUUGGGGGCAGCCAUGGCCCUCAGCCUCAUCACCUUCAUCUGUGAACAUCUCUUCUAUUGGCAGUUCCGGCAUUGCUUCAUGGGUGUCUGUUCUGGCAAGCCUGGCAUGGUCUUCUCCAUUAGCAGGGGUAUCUACAGCUGUAUCCACGGAGUAGCUAUAGAGGAGCGCCAAUCUGUGAUGAACUCCCCCACUGCCACCAUGAACAACACGCACUCCAACAUCCUACGCUUGCUCCGCACCGCCAAGAAUAUGGCCAACCUAUCUGGAGUAAAUGGCUCCCCUCAGAGUGCCCUGGACUUCAUCCGUCGAGAGUCCUCUGUCUACGAUAUCUCUGAGCAUCGCCGCAGCUUCACACAUUCAGACUGCAAGUCGUACAAUAACCCACCCUGUGAGGAAAACCUGUUCAGUGACUACAUCAGUGAGGUAGAGAGAACAUUUGGCAACCUGCAGCUGAAGGACAGCAAUGUGUACCAAGACCACUAUCACCAUCACCACCGGCCACACAGCAUCGGCAGCACCAGCUCCAUUGACGGGCUCUAUGACUGUGACAACCCACCCUUUACCACCCAGCCCAGGUCGAUCAGCAAGAAGCCCCUGGACAUCGGCCUGCCCUCUUCCAAACACAGCCAGCUCAGCGACCUGUACGGCAAGUUCUCUUUCAAGAGUGACCGCUACAGUGGCCAUGACGACUUGAUUCGAUCGGAUGUCUCAGACAUCUCCACGCACACUGUCACCUAUGGGAACAUCGAGGGCAACGCAGCCAAGAGGAGGAAGCAGCAAUAUAAGGACAGUCUAAAGAAGCGGCCAGCCUCAGCCAAAUCUAGGAGGGAGUUCGACGAAAUCGAGCUGGCCUACCGUCGCCGACCACCCCGCUCCCCGGACCACAAGCGUUACUUCAGGGACAAAGAAGGGCUCCGAGACUUCUACCUGGACCAGUUCCGGACGAAGGAGAACUCGCCUCACUGGGAGCACGUGGACUUGACUGACAUUUACAAAGAACGCGGUGAUGACUUCAAGCGAGAUUCGGUGAGUGGAGGCGGGCCCUGUAGCAACAGGUCUCACCUCAAGCACGGAGCGGGCGAGAAGCACGGCGUGGUGGGCGGGGUGCCCGCCCCUUGGGAGAAGAACCUGACCAACGUGGACUGGGAGGAGCGCUCCGGGGGCAACUUCUGCCGCAGCUGUCCCUCCAAGCUGCACAAUUACUCCUCGACGGUGGCAGGGCAGAACUCGGGCCGGCAGGCCUGCAUCAGGUGUGAAGCCUGCAAGAAGGCGGGCAACCUGUACGACAUCAGCGAGGACAACUCCCUGCAGGAACUGGACCAGCCGGCUGCCCCCGUGGCUGUGCCAUCCAACGCCUCCACCACCAAGUACCCUCAAAGCCCGACUAAUUCCAAGGCCCAGAAGAAGAAUCGGAACAAGCUGCGCCGGCAGCACUCCUACGACACCUUCGUGGACCUGCAGAAAGAGGAGGCCGCCUUGGCCCCACGCAGCGUGAGCCUGAAAGACAAGGGCCGGUUCAUGGAUGGGAGCCCCUACGCCCAUAUGUUUGAGAUGCCAGCCGGUGAGAGCUCCUUUGCCAACAAGUCCUCAGUGCCCACUGCCGGCCACCACCACAACAACCCCGGCAGCGGCUACAUGCUCAGCAAGUCGCUCUACCCUGACCGGGUCACGCAAAACCCUUUCAUCCCCACUUUCGGGGAUGACCAGUGCUUGCUUCACGGCAGCAAGUCCUACUUCUUCAGGCAGCCCACGGUGGCAGGGGCGUCGAAAACAAGGCCGGACUUCCGGGCCCUUGUCACCAAUAAGCCAGUGGUGUCGGCCCUUCAUGGGGCUGUGCCAGGUCGUUUCCAGAAGGACAUUUGUAUAGGGAACCAGUCCAACCCCUGUGUGCCUAACAACAAAAACCCCAGGGCUUUCAAUGGCUCCAGCAACGGACAUGUUUAUGAGAAACUUUCUAGUAUUGAGUCUGAUGUCUGAGUGAGGGAAGAGAGAGAGAGAGGUGAAGGUGGGUACGGGAGGGAUAGGGCUGUGGGCCGCGUGGUGCGCAUGUUACGGAAAGAGUCGGGGGUGAACUUGGCUCCCCUUUGCUUUUUCUUCUUCUUUUUAUUUCUCUAUGGGAUCCUGGAGUUCUGGUUCCUUACUGAAGGCAACCCUCGUGGCCGGCACCAUUUCUCCUCCCUUGUGCAGUUCUCUUCUCCCCGUGUCUGUCCACCAUUCCUGUUCCCAUGAGAGGGAUAGAACGGGCCUCAGUGUGGGAGGACCGAGAGGAGACCAGAAGCGCUGCCUGUGUGCUUCUUCCUAGCGCAGAAGGGCUCUGAGCGAUUCAUCUGAGCGAGGCUUUCCUGAUCCUGCUCUUUUUGCUCAGGCGAGGAAGCGAAGGUGUUCUAAGGAAGGCCAUUGAACCUCCUGCUCAUAAGAGAGAAGAGGCUUUCGCUGAAUUCUUGCUGCGUUGCUUAGCACCUGCUGAGGGACCAUGUACCAAGCAGAGGGCAGGAAGUCGUUGUGUAUAUAUAAGCCAAAAAGAUACUAAAAAGAUUCUUCAGCUCCAGAAGCCACAUGGGUGGUGAACCAAAGGAGAAGGCCAUUGGUAGAAGAGAGAUUCCUGAACGAAGUGGGUAGUUCACUGCUAUGGUGUCCCAUGGUGCAUUAGAAGCAAGAGUAUGGGAUUGUGUGUGCACGUAUACAUGUGUGCUUGCACCCACAGGUCUUCAGGUGCCUCUGAAUACAGAGGGUAAAACCUUGACUGGCUGCUUCCUUCCACAUAUGUAAGCAAUGUGCUUGGUUUUUUGGCUUAUAUAUAUAUAAACUAAUGUCAAAGGUUACCCCAAUUUGGGUUAUUUCUCCAUUUUCCCUUCUUGAGUGAAGGUUAGAGGUUCUUGAUGAAGAAGAACCUGUAUUGCAGAAAAGACAACAAGAAAAUGAGCGGAGCUGAGACAACCCUACAAAAUAAUUUGUCAGUGGCUGCCAGUGCUUUCCACCAGCUUGGGCAGAGAACUUUGUAGUAAGGCUUAAGGGAAAUUGAAACAGCUAGGAGUCCUUUAUCCAUACUUAGAGCUAAGGUUCCAGAAUCUAGCGAUUUAGCCCCUUAACUGGCUGAGGUUUUGGGGAGAGCUCUUCAUAUAGGGCUUUGAGGAAGAGAGUCAUUACUGUAGGGUAAGUGAGGGGGGUAUUUUUAGUUAUUUACAUUAGGGUUAGUGAGAAAGGGGGAUGUUUUCAAUGCUUUGAUCCCUUCUUACUUAACCUAGAGCUGAGAGAGCAAGCAAAUUCCCCCAGGAUUGGUGAUAUGUCAAGAGGACACAUGGGGGAGAGAAAUGAGCUUGUCCCCAAGGGUACAUCUCUGGAAGCCAGAGAGAAUGAAGGACUGAGGAAUGGGAGUCUGGCUCCCUAGGCAUGUGACUUGAACUAGUGCAAGCACAUCUGAUAGAUGCCUUCCUCUUCUGCCACCCCCAGUUCCCUCUCAGAUUGUACCACUCGACAGUGAAUGUGUGUGUGUGUGUGUGUGUGUGUGUGUGUGUGUGUGUGUGUAAAACUCCAGGGAUGGGGGUGCUGGCAGGUGUGAUGCCCCCUCACUUAAAGUUGGAAAAUUAAGAAGGGAAAUGAAUAUUUGUCACUGCCUGUCCUGAGACUUGGGGGAGGGGUGUUCCAUGGGUCAGUUCUGCUACCCUGCCCUCCCCCACACAGGGUGGCAUCCAAAGAGCCCUGGGUCUGUGUGGAAGCUUGACUGCAGGAUCGCCUUGUCGCACACAGGACACAUAAACCAGAAAGGUGCUUACCCUCCUCUGGAAUGAAGCUGCCAUGUCUCUUCACGUCACACCCUCCUGGCCUGCUUCUUGCCUUCCUGGUCGCCCUGCCUCAUGGCCUUCCCUCAUCCCCAUCCUCGACUGCUGUCUCCCACCUUCCUCCUUGUUUUUUUUGUUUUUGUUUUUGCUUUUGUUUUUGUUUUUUUAACCUCAAUAUCUCUCAUUUAAAUGCCAACUGAAGGCCUUGUUUUCUUUCUAAAAUGAACGUGGGGGCAAGGGGCUGAACCUCUCAACAGUUUGGAGAGAGGAACGCGGAGUGCUUUAUUUUAGGUUCCAGGAAAGACUCUGCGAGAGGACAGAGGGCGUGAGGCAUCUCCCAGAGGAAGAAGGAGAAGGGCCAUAGAAACACUGCUUCACUCUGGCUCUGUCCAAGGGCCAGGGGCUCAUCCCCCACUCUUCCUCUUACCUCACCCUUUAAAAUUAAAAAAAAAAAAAAAAGGAAAAAAAAGAAAAAAAACCAAACCAACUAACCUAGCGAACAGCAAUCCAGAGAACAGGGGCUCUGAUGGUCUCCAUGGGCCACAGAGGUCAAGAUGGUGUUUAUUUGGUAUGUAAAUAUUUUGUUUUCUAAUUAAUUUUGUAUAGAUAAAGUGUUCUCCUGUGAGUAUUCAGGGUGUUGAGCAGAGGGAGUGGGGUGGGGAUGGGAUUGAGGGGGGAAUUGUUUCGUUAUGGGUUUUCAUUUUCAGUUGGGGGAAUUGUUUGACAUGGCCUUUGCUUCAGAGUGUUUGGGAAAAAAAGUUAAUGGGAACAGAAGCCACUAUGGUGAAUAAGCCAGGGGAAAGCCAUUUAUGUCCAUGCCCCAUCUCUGAAACCUGUCUUCCUGUGGAUCUGUGAGAUGUGAGCAUGCACUUUUACCUGAGUUUUGCUGGGUCUAUAUCAGUAUUAAGCAAAACUUGGUCUGACUCUUAUCUUCUGUGGAGACCAUAGGAAACCAUCAAUCUGUCAAAAACAAGCUGGUGGCAUCAGAUUUCUCUGUUAGUACCUAGGCUUACAAAGGUUCCCCAAAAGGGCUUGAAAAAGAAUUGAGGUCCAGUGGCCUCCUAUUCUUGGCAUGGCUGAGAGGUUUCAGGAAGCCAGGCUCCGAGGAAUCUCACAGCAGCCUUCUCUGAUGCUUUACAAUCAUCUUACCAUUCUGAUCCUUCAUGCUCUGGUAUCCGAGCUCUGAGCACCCCAUCCCUCUACCUGUGCCUACCUGUAGAAAUGGCCUCUUCAGGCACACCCAAGUAAUGUCCACUAACUUUACUUAAGCAUGUGGUUUCAGGCUGUAGAGGGGUAGCAAUGGAUACAAGGAUCUUACAGACAUAUGCGUUUCUAGGAAAGGUCACCAGAUUCCCUCAAAACUAGCAAGAUAGCUAAAACUAGUUUUAGAGGUGGGCAGGUGGGUAUGUGAGGGGCAGGAUCAGUGGUGGCUCUAGAGUAACCUUGUUCUUGUUACUGCCAUUGGGAAGCUGCUAUUUUGUUCAAGUCAGGUGUCCCAAAUCUCAUUUGGGGCUAACCAGAUAAAUAGAAUCUCUUUCACUGGAUUGUUGGCUUUGUAAAAGAUAGCAGCUUCUCUCUUUCCCUCUCUAUCCUCUCCUCUUCUCUCUCUCUCUUCUUCUUCUCUCUCUCCCCUCUCCUCUGCUCUUCUCUCUCCCCCUCUCUCUCUCCCCCCUCUCUCCCCCUCUCUCCCCGCUCUCCUCUCUCUCAUUCCUAAAUUGAUAUACCCAGUAUACUGCAUUUUCUCCCCUAUUCUCCUACCAUCAGAGACUGUCAGCUGGGAAAUUUAACUGUCCUAAACCCCUUAUUUGGCCUCAAUUGAUCAUCUUUCUCCAACUGGAUGCUGGAAUUGGGACCAAAGUAUGGUCUUCAUGGCCUACUCUACAAUGAAUAAGAAAAUGAAGUCUGUCAAGUUUUAGAUGUAAAAUUCCAGAAUAGCAAGUCAGGAGAAUACAUAAGAAUCCAGCAGCCGUUCCCAUCUCCAUCACUGAUGGAUAUGGACCAAGAUCCAAUCCAUCCAAAACUGUGAGGUUCUGCAGAGCCCUGAGAGCAUCUUAUGUUCCAUGGUGUCCUUCAGAAUCCAUGCUUUCUCUCAUGAGUGCUAUCUUCCAUUGUGGAAGUGGGUUGAUGGGUGUGGUCCUGCAUCACUCCUUUUCGUGGCAAUGCUGACCCAUUAGCAUGCCCAACGACCUCAACAACCUGACCCUUGAAUUUGCCUGAGUGAAGAUGUGCACACCCUCUCAGAGUGUGGCAUGUACAGUGGACCUUGUUAUUUCCAAGCUGUCACUGUGUAUCCUCAACCAGCACCCGGGAAACAUCCCUAAUGUGUAUUCCCUGGUACUGGCCACAGCCAUUUUGUGAUUGGGGCAAAAAUCCCAGAUGAUCCCAUUAAAUGUUGGUGGCGUCAGUAGUGCCCAAACGCAUGUGUAAAAUAGGGGUCUUCUCUACAGUGACGUGAGUACCACUCACCCAGUCUUCCAUGGCCAUCAGGAAUUGCCCCAGGGAGAAUUCUCUGCAGAGUGCUGGUCACCUGCACCUCUCAUUUAAGAGCUAGGGUUUCUUUUGUUCAGUUUGUUUUUUGUUUGUUUGGUUUUUUUUUUUUUUUCAGUUACUUCAAGAUUUAGGGACAGAUUACUUAUAAUGUUUGGGCAAAAGCCUUUGGAAAAGCUAUUCCUGAACUCAUAUUGUCAUUAUUUUAUUUUAUUUUUUUAUUUUAUUUUAAUCACUGUCUCUGAAAAGGCCCUGUCCUUGCUUGGCACCCUGUGCAUGUCUGUUUUGGUGUGUUAGGAAUGAUUCAUGUGUGCGCAUACAUGACGUAAUGUCAGUUUACUGGUGAGUGUGUUUGGUGUUUCUGGGCAUUGUGGCCAUAUGGUAUGUUCCCAAAGCCAUAUAGAAAUUGUGGGAUCUGGGGGCUGCUAAAACGCACGGCGUCACCUUUGCUUUCUUCACCUUAGUGUCAGAGAGUGUUCUUGCUGUCUAAGGAAUUCUUUAGGGUGAGAGGCACCCUGAGGAGGUCAGGCAUACCAGAGUGGCUCUAGCCUUACCAAAGGCAAAUGACCCAUGGCUUGCUUUCAAGAUCCUGGAAGAGCCUGCCAACGGCUAGCUUCCCAGACAGAUUUACUUCAUUAGAGCUGAGCUGUCCAUCUGCUGUUGAAAUGAAAGUGUUCCCAGGAAGAGUGACAUACUAAGCCAUAUUAGGGAUUUGUACAUUUAAACACCUAAUCUACAUUAGGAUUUUCAUUCCUUUUCCUGGGGAUAAGCUAUAAUAUGCCAGCAGGAGAAAGCAACUAGAGCAUCAUGAACCCCAGAGCAGGGAAUAAGGAUAAAGGGUCCAGAAAGCUAGUCAGUUAAGCCAUGCCUCAUCUCUACCUGUUAUUUAAGGCCCAUGGGAGCCUGGCUUAGGAGUUCUACAUGGGAGUUAUCUUCAACACACACUCAUGUACAUAGUUUAUAAACAGCUGAAUUUGACACCAUGUAGAGCAGGUAAGAACUGUGACUUGGGAAGCAGAACACAGAUGUCCCUCCUCAAAUACAAGAUAGUGAGGAGAGAACCAUAAAGAAAAACAGUCAUUCAUAUUUAGUACAUAAUCCAUUAGUAUACUGUAGGAAUCACUGAAGAAUCUGUUCUCUGUUCCUGAUCAAAUGAUCUGUCAGUUAAUUGUCUUGCCUGCAUUCUAAAUUUUCCUAUUCUCCUUCCCCAUAUGCCCUAUGAAGGAGGCAAUUGACCCUCAGAUGCUAUUCCACCUGAGGGCUUAUGAUAUGGCUGGGUCAAUGCUACCAUGAACAUUUGUCAUUCUGAGGGCUUCUAGUAUUCAUCUGGGUCUAGAAUUCCAUCUAGCUUGAGGAGGUAGCCAUCUCUAAGGUCACAGGCAGAAUGGCACAUCCCGCUGUCAUCACAUUCUAACCAUAUUUGCUCAGUCACUUCUGGUCUCUGUGAGUUCUGCGGCUUGGAACAUAACCUCUCUACUCCCACAAGAAAGCCCCAGACAAAGCCUUAAGUGGAAGUCUGUGCUUUCCUAAUGCCUUGGAGAGAGUGCUGCGGUUCAAGAGCUCUAGGUAGCAGUACAGAUGCAAGGGGAAGUAGCUUUGCUCUGAGAGUAUAGGGUUCUCAUAGCAGUGUCUGGGAUGUGGGGAAGCAUUAGGAAUCUUGCGCAUCACUCUGCCACCGUGUCCCUGUGCAUCGAUGUCAGAGUUAAUCAUUGUGAGCUGCUGGUGAUAUUCCACAUUUUGCAUUUGCUGGUGUGACUGGGGUGGGUUGCUGGUAUUAAUGGGAACUGAGAGUAGAGAGUAGAGUGGAUGGUCAAGUUCCUCACAGCCCUGGGAUGCUGCUGUAUAGCAUCUGUUUGUUUGUUUGUUUGUUUUUCUGGCAAAAGUGAAAGUGGUAUUUAGUGCAAGGAUCAAAGUUACAACCAAGAAGCACAAUCCUAAGUCCAUUACAGAACUAUUAUUUUAAAGAUAUGGCUUCUAAUCUGAACUCCAUUUGUCAGUUAAUAGUCAUUUUACAGUUGUGAUUUAAGGGGCAGUACAAAAAAAUCAAUUAAAAAGCCCUACAUAAACAUAUAAAUUAAAAUAAACCAAUGUGUGUUGAGCAUUUGUUAUGUCCCUGAGCUAGUGCUGAGAAGCAUAUAAAAGUUUUUAAACUGGAAUAUGUUAUGCUCAUGCAGGCUAUGCAAGUGCAUAAGUAUUGACUAUUUAAACAUAUGUAUUAUGUACAUAUAAAUAGGUGUACAUACAUUUCUCUGUUUAUACAUACAGGUUUAGUAUUUUCUGGUUUCAGGGUUUGUGUCAAAGAUAUUCAUUAUGUGAUUUAAGAAUACCACAGAGAUUCAACACUUCUCUAUCAGAGCCAAGCCCUGGUCACUUCUUCUGGAAUUACUACCCAUUCUAGAGCAAAAGCUCAGAAAUUCCCUUAGGUCACAGCCUUGAAAUUCUUCACUCAUCUUUGCCAGCUCUCAACUGAGCACACUUCAUCCCUGUGCACCAACUUCCUCCUCCCCUCCUUUGGGAUCUUUUUGAGAUAUAUUUCAGACAAUGGGGCUUCUCCAUGUUGCGUUUUUAGUUCUUUCUACCCAGCUAACUG